AUGACGGGGAUGCGUGUCCUGCGUGCGACGCCCGACGACCUGUUUCCCACGGCGACGUCGAUGGAGCAGGCGUGCACCGAGUCGUCGAUCGCGGCGCUGCUCGCGGAGGGCACGGCCGAGCUGCGCCGCGACGAGCAUGUGGCGUACCUGCGGCGCCUGCUCGCGCCGCUGCCUGCGCCGUACGUGACGUUCGAGUCGAACCGCGCGUGGCUCCUCUACUGGGUCGCGCACGCGCUCGAUCUGCUCGACGCGCCGCUCACCGGCUCGCUGCAGGCGCGCGCCAUCUCCACGCUCCUGCACUUCCAGGCGCAGGGCGGCGGCUUUGGCGGCGGCCCCGGGCAGCUGGGGCACCUCAUGAGCACGUACGCGGCCGUGUGCGCGCUGGCGAUCGUCGGCGGCCCCGGCCCCGCGCCGAGCGCCGCUGAUGUCGCCGCCGGCCAGAGCGUCCACGUCGGCCGCGGCGGCUGGGACGCGAUCGAUCGCCGCGCGAUGUAUGCGUGGAUGCUGCGCCUCAAGCAGCCGGACGGCUCGUUCCUCGUGCACGAGCAGGGCGAGAUUGACGUGCGCGCCACCUACUGCGUGGUCGUCAUCGCGACGCUCCUGGGCCUCGCGACCGAUGAGCUGCUCGAUGGCGCGGCCAGCUUUGUCGCGAGCUGCCAGACGUACGAGGGCGGCUUCGCGGCACUGAGCACGCCGUCGUACCGCGUCGACGCGCGCGGCGUGCACCCCGCCGGCCCCGUGGCGCUGCAGACGCCGCAGGGCGAGGCGCACGGCGGCUACGCGUACUGCGCGCUCGCCUCGUACGUGCACCUCGCGCAGAUCGGCGCGCCGGGCGUGCCGCCCGUGCACGUACCGCGCCUCGUGCGCUGGGCCACCUCGCUGCAGGGCGCGCCGAUCGAGGGCGGCGGCUUCCGUGGGCGCACGAACAAGCUGGUGGACGGGUGCUACGGCUGGUUCUGCGGCGGCGGGCUCCUCACGCUCGCCGAGGAGCUGGCCGCGCCGGGCGCCGCCGCCACGCCGAGCUCGGCAGGCUCGUGGGAGACGCUGCCCGAGCCGCCCGAGCUGCUGGACCGCGAGGCACUCGCGACCUAUGUGCUGGCCGUCGCACAGGCCCCCCGCGGCGGCCUGCGCGACAAGCCGUCCAAGCGCCCCGAUGCAUACCACACCUGCUACAAUCUAUCGGGCCUUUCGCUGUGCGAGCACCGCGUGCGCGUGAGCGACGACGCGCUGGCGGCGGCGGCGGCGUCGCGUGCUACGCGGCCACACUCGCGUGGGGCGCGCCGCCCGCGCGCGACGCGCGCGUGGCCGCGACGCACCCCGUGCUGA